ACCCUGCCAACUGCGAAUAACAAGGGGAAGCAACAGAAAGGGACGGCGCCAUUAGAAGCGAUAUUUACCUGACGCCGUCGUAAUCCCGGGUAAUUCAGUUGCAGCUUGCUCGCCAUAAAAUCCAGCCAGUCCGCAGGCAGACUACGCCAAAAUCGGGAUCGAAACUUUACCCUAGCCUACCUGACAGGCACACACAUAAAUACUUGUGUAUAUAAACCGUCUUUUGGGUUGCCAAAACCAGCAUUUGAUUUGUGACGUUCAAGCAGUAAAAAUGGUCCUAGGUGCCGAGGUGCGUACUCUUGUGAAGGCUCUGAAGAACUCGAAUAGCUGCCAGGAGAUUGCCCAGAUCCUGGAGUGCGAUGUGGAGAGCGUGGUGAGCUGCAUCCGAGAGUGUGAGCUCCUGGAGGGCAAGACAGCCACUCUGAGGCUGCCUCAAAAACCAAAGACGCCGCAGACGCCGAAGAUCCCGCAGCGUUCACCGGAGGAGGAGAAGAAACGUGAGGUGGGCAGACCCAAGAUCCUGGAGAACAGACAGAUUGUGGAAAAGAUGCUCAUCGAUCAUCCCAACUACACCUCCAUCGAUGUCCAGCGGGAGCUGAUGGCCCGUCAUGGCAUCGAGGUGAGCCGCCGCACACUGCAGCGCCGGAUCAGCGAGAUUCGCAGCAAGCAGUUCCAAGAGAGUCGAUUGCCAGCCAAGGAUCAAGAUGCACCGCCUAGUCUCAGCCUGGAAACAAGAAGAAAGAGGGUAGCCUGGGCCACUGCCCAUCAGGAUUGGACAGUGCGUGAUUGGCGCAACAUAUUCAACAUGGACGACCUCAAGUUUGAGGGUGGAUCACCGCCGAAGGAGAUCUUUCUGGAUACCCUGAUGGGACCCGGGGGCAACGAUUGCAGUGACCUCAAUCUCCUGGAGCAGCUAAUGGCCAUCAUCCAGCCGAGGAUCCAGAAUCAGGCCCCCAAGAACGUCCAGGAGUUCCAUGCUGUCCUGUACGACGUGUGGCACAACGAUCAGGAGAUGGUGGACAAGAUUGAGCUACUCUACGAGGCGAUGACAUGGCGUGUGACGUCGGUUAUUCACAGCGGCGGGGAUCUGACGGAGAUCUGAUAGAUAUGAGGUGUCUGCCGAGAUUGUUUUCUUCAAAAUGUUUAGAUUUAAUCCAUCAUUUUCGAUAUCCUUACUGAUAUAUUUACACAUUGUACAUUGUGCGUUCCAUAACAACAGUCAUAAGUUAACAUAAUCACGUUGCUGACAAAAAAAAAAUGAAAUUCGGUUAUGAGCCUUUUGUGUUCAGUCAAUGUUUAUAAAUAAAUAUUAAAAAACCCAAA